UGUAUACACGAACUUUAACCUCUCGAUUCCGAAAGUCGGCGAUCUUGGGCGUGAAGAAAGUGGCCUAGGCUUGGGAAGUUAUAAGUUGAUCCAAUUACUUAUUUUUACAUCUAGUGGAUACGUUAAAGUUAGAGAAAAUGUCUACAUAUUCUAGUGAUCAACAGUUAGAUUGUGCAUUGGAUUUGAUGCGUCGUCUUCCACCACAACAGAUCGAGAAAAACCUAAGCGACCUUAUUGACUUGGUUCCUCAUUUAUGUGAAGACCUCUUAUCAUCGGUGGAUCAGCCCUUAAAAAUUGCCCGUGACAAGGAAGUGGGAAAAGACUACCUAUUAUGUGAUUACAAUAGAGAUGGUGACUCCUACAGGUCACCUUGGAGCAAUGUGUACGACCCUCCUCUGAAAGAUGGUGCAGUACCUUCAGACAGACUGAGGAAAAUGGAGAUAGAAGCCAACGUAGCUUUCGACCAAUAUAGGGAAAUGUAUUUUGAAGGGGGUGUGUCAUCAGUAUACUUGUGGGAUCUUGACCACGGUUUUGCUGGUGUAAUUCUUAUCAAGAAGGCUGGAGACGGAUCAAAGAAAAUCCAGGGAUGCUGGGACUCCAUACAUGUUGUAGAAGUGAAUGAGAAAGCUGGAGGUCGAAGUGCUCACUACAAGUUGACUUCAACAGUUAUGCUUUGGUUACAGACAACUAAGCCUGAAUCAGGGACAAUGAACCUUGGCGGAAGCGCCACCAGGCAGGUAGAGACGGACAGACCUGUUACUGAUGCCAGCUCGCACAUUGCAAAUAUCGGUGUAAAUGUAGAAGACAUGGAGAACAAAAUGAGGAACACAUUGAACGAAAUAUAUUUUGGAAAGACAAGAGACAUCAUAAAUUCACUACGUUGUGUAAAUGAUCUGGGAGAUAUGAACAAACAGAAGAUGGUUGUCAAUGAAUUGCAAAACAAGUUAAAGCAACAGUUACACUAGAUUAUGGGAGCAGAGAGCAUUAUAGGUACCAGGGAAAGAACACCCCUACUUUUUUUUAUAAUGGUUUAACCCACAUCAAGCAUCGCCAUGGUAACCAAAUUUAAUUUUUAAUUUGUAGGUUAAAAGGUAACUGAUGGUGGUGAGAUGCUAGAACUGAUUGGACGGGUUUAAUGAGAGUACAAUCUGGACAUGUUAAUAUCAUGUUCAGUAUUCAAGGAUAAUUAUUCUACAAUAUAAAUAAUUGUAACUAUUUGACCUCAACACAAUAGGUCAUCAUUGUUAGUUUUCUUAUCCUUGUUUUGAAAUUUGCAUUGUCAUAAAAAGCAAUGUUUUUAAGCUGAUUAAUAUUAUUCAAAUACAGUGGAUAAAAGGAAGCAACACAUUUUUGUUUUAUACCUAAAAUUAUUUAGUUUUCUCACUUGCUUGCAUGCAUGCUCAUUAAAACAACAUUUUUAGGAUUUAUAGCAAACAAUUCUUUUUAUUGGCAUAAAAAAUUGUAUUGUUACUUAUUGUUUCGAUAUUGUAAAUAAAUAAGAUGUAAUCUUGCACUACGACUGAAGUUAGCUGUUAUUUAAUAAUUCAAUCCCUUGGAACAACUCCUGUACAAAUGAAUGAAUUCUUCCUCAGUUGUAUGGCUGGCUAUCUAUAUUUUUUCUAAGAUAAUGUGCGCCCUCUAGUGUAUGGGGAAAAUUAAAGUGCACCCUCUAAUGUUGAGUUUAAGUGCCUGGUUUUAUUAAGUUUUUGAGCUAGCUACUUAUUGUGGUGAUGCUUGUACACAUGCUUUUUUAAAAUUUCAAGUGUUGAUUUCUCUUGCAACAACUUUUACAUUUCUAAAUGUCCUGAUUCAGACGUCUGUUUUACCAGAGAUUCAAAUAAAUUUAUGUGUAAAUGGGUAAAAAAAAAACAAAGCAAAUUAAUAUAAUGGAUAUGGUGAAUAGAAAA